AUGAAGCUCAUCGUAGCUGGCGCGACCGACCUGUUGGGAAUGGAGAUCGUGAGACAAAGCUUGCAGCUUCGCGAGAUCACUGAGGUCAUUGCCUUGACUCGCAGACCCCUGCAGCUCGAGAAAGGUAUCGGCUCAUCAAAGCUAAGAAUCGUUCUCAUUCGCGACUAUGGUAAUUACCCUGACAGUGUGAAGGCUGAGUUCGCUAGGGCUGACGCGUGUAUUUGGAAUGUUGCCAUAUCACCCUUCCGCGUCGAUAACUUCGACUUUGCCGAGGUAAAACGUGUAUGUCAGGACUGCACGAAGCUCGGUUUUGAGGCUAUGUACGAGGCUGGACCGGCACGUCCGUUUCGCUUCAUGUAUUUGAGCACGCAGGGAACCCCUCGAGACCCAACAGAGAGACCAAUAAUCAUGGCUGAAUAUCACCUCAUGCGGUGCGAUACAGAGCUUAUGGUUCGCAGAUUCCCUACUCAGAAAGAGGGAGUUGAGGUAUGCAUUGCCCAGCCCGGCUUUGUUGUGAACUCCACUACUUGGUCACAAGCUUUAGUGGCGAAUUUUAGUCGUAUUCUGGACCUUUUCGGGCGGCCUCUGCCGAAUGUACAGCACAGCGAGCUUGCAGCAGCAGUGAUCAAUCAGGUCAUGGAUGGAUUCGAGAAGGAAAAACUCUUGAAUGCUGAUCUCGUUCGAAUCGGACAAAGGGAGUUGGGAUUUCGCAGUAUGCCCCAGGUUUGA